AUGCAAUCGCCCCGACGACAACCAGUGACCAGUGCUCGUCGACAGUACCAACAUGCAGUGAUCGCAAGUGACCUAAGUGCACGCGGUGGUGUUCUUCGCGACAUUGACAAAGUGCAGGCCGACAAGAUGGUACUGGAAUCGGGGGUGCUGCCGCCGCCGCUUCAGCUCUACGCAGCGGCGGCCGCCCAUCUGGCGCCGCGGCCUCCUUGGGCGCCGCUGUUGCAGUUCCCCGGCGCUGCCCAAUUGUUGGGCAUGCACGGCGCCUUCUCGCCGCUCAACCGGCCCAGGUAUCCGCACGGUUUGGGGCCGGGGUUGCGGGCGCCGCCCGGGCCGCCUUCCGAAGACAGCGGCAGCGAAACCGUCGGCAAAGGCGGCGCUGGAAGUAGCGGUGAAGCGGAUUCGGAGAGCGCCGCGUCGAAGAGACGCCGGAGCCGGACGAACUUCAAUAGUUGGCAAUUGGAAGAAUUAGAAAGGGCAUUUCUCGCUAGUCAUUAUCCGGACGUCUUCAUGAGGGAGGCGCUGGCCAUGAGGCUCGAUCUCAAAGAAAGUAGAGUAGCUGUGUGGUUCCAGAACAGGCGGGCCAAAUGGCGCAAGAAGGAGCACACGAAGAAGGGCCCGGGCCGGCCGGCGCACAACGCCCACCCGCAGUCCUGCUCGGGGGAGCCGAUUCCGCCGGCGGAGCUGCGGGCGCGGGAGCGCGCCCGCCGCCGCAAGAAGCUGCAGAAGGCGCUGGAGCGGCAGGCGCGCAAGCUGCGCGCCAAAGGCAUCGCCGUCGACCUGGUGGCGCUGAAGCGGGAGUACCUGGCGCAGCGGGGCGGCGACGCGGCCGAAAGUGAUAGCGACAUUGACGUGGUGGGCGAUUCGGGCGCCGAAUCGGAGAACUUUAAUAACAGCGAGAGCGGUAGGUACUCGUCGUCGGUGUCGGAAUCGGGCGUCGAUUUGACCGGCGGCCCGCAGGACGAUAAGAUUCGCCGGGCGAAUCCGUUUAGUAUAGAUUCCUUGCUGAAUAACAAUACUUGA